AACCCUAUUUUCGAGCAGGAUAUAUCAAAUUCAAUUUGGUUGAUUAAGCACACUUGUUUUGAUGUUUUAUUACAACAUCAGUCCAAUCAUUGAUAAAGAAGUGUAGUUUGUAUAUAGAUAGACUAGUCAGACUUGGACACCACUUAUAUCUCCCACUCUCUUGUAAUAAGAGCAAUAAGAAGUUGCCCGCAUAUCUACUUUCUGAUCCUGAGAAUUGUGUGGUAGCUAGAAUAAUAAAGAUCUACUGGUAGAUACCAUGGCAGUGGGCAUGGCCAUGAAAGCUGAUCAAGUUGGGCAGUACAACUACAGCAAAAAGAUCACACUCUUUGUUGUAUUGUCAUGUAUGGUUGCUUCCAUGGGUGGUAUCCUCUUUGGCUAUGACAUUGGAAUUUCAGGUGGAGUAACAUCAAUGGAUUCAUUUCUGAAGAAGUUCUUCCCAGAGGUGUACAGGAGAAUGAAAGAAGACAAGGAAGUUAGCAAUUAUUGCAAGUUUGAGAGUGAGCUUUUGACCUCUUUCACAUCAUCUCUCUACAUAGCUGGCCUUGUGGCAUCCUUUGUGGCUUCAAUCAUAAAUGAUUCAUUUGGUCGUAAGCCAACCAUUAUAAUUGCUGGAAUUGCGUUUUUAGCUGGUUCAGGCUUUGGCGGUUGGGGUUAUAAUGUCUACAUACUCAUUCUUGGCCGUGUUUUGCUUGGAAUUGGAGUUGGUUUUGCUAAUCAGUCUGUCCCAUUAUAUCUCUCAGAAAUGGCACCUCCAAAUUUAAGAGGCGCAAUAAAUAUUGGAUUUCAGUUCUGUGUGGGCAUCGGAGUUUUAAUGGCUAAUCUUAUCAAUUAUGGAACUCAAAAAAUUGAGGCAGGUUGGGGGUGGCGAAUAUCACUGGCAAUGGCUGCAGCCCCAGCAUUAGUAUUAACAAUAGGUGCAAUUUUCUUACCAGAAACACCAAACAGCUUAAUUCAGCGUGGAGCUGAUCAGAAAAAGACCAAGCUAAUGCUACAAAAAGUUAGAGGCACAGAUGAUGUUCAAGCUGAAUUAAAUGAUCUCAUCGAUGCAAGCAACAAUACAAAAACAAUUAAAAAGCCAUUCAGAAACAUACUAAAGAGCAACUACAGGCCUCAACUCGUCAUGGCAAUUGCAAUUCCAUUUUUCCAACAGGUAACCGGUAUCAAUGUAAUUGCCUUCUAUGCACCAAUCUUGUUUCGGACAAUUGGCUUAGGUGAAAGUGCAUCAUUAAUGUCUGCUGUGGUGACGGGUUGUGUAGGGAUUGUCACAACAUUCUUGUCAAUGCUGAGUGUUGAUAGACUGGGGCGUCGCACAUUAUUCAUGUUCGGGGGGGUUAUAAUGUUGGUUUCGCAAAUUAUGGUAGGAGCAGUACUAGCUGCUAAACUAGGGGAUGAAGGUGGAAUCAGCAAAGGCUGGUCAUACAUAGUUCUAAUAUUGAUAUGUGUAUAUGUAGCUGGUUUUGGUUGGUCAUGGGGACCAUUAGGAUGGUUAGUUCCAAGUGAGAUAUUUCCACUAGAGAUAAGAUCAGCAGGUCAAAGUAUAACUGUGGCUGUAGGAUUUUUGUUUACUUUUAUAAUUGCUCAAACAUUUUUGGCCAUGCUUUGUCACUUCAAGUCUGGGAUCUUCUUCUUUUUCGGAGGCUGGGUGCUCGUGAUGACACUGUUUGUCCACUUUUUGUUGCCCGAGACUAAAAAUGUGCCAAUUGAACAAAUGGAGAGAGUGUGGAAGGGACACUGGUUUUGGAAGAAUGUAGUCGGAGGAGACAAGUAUAAUGAAGUUACUUGAACAUAUGAUGUAUUUUGUUUAUAACUUUGAGAUUCUGUAAAAAAUUUGAUACAGGAUUAUACUAUACAAUGAAAAGAAUCAAAGUUCCUGAUGA